AUGACGUUGGAUGUCUCAAAACCGCCAGACUUGAGCAAAUUUUCAGUCAUAAAUUAUGGAACUCCAGAACUUCCUCAGAUUAUGUAUAGUCCUCUAGGAACUUUAACUAUAUCUAGAGUGGUAAAUGGGCCUCAAAUGAUUUGGAAACAGGAAAAGAGGAGUGAGAAGUGUUCUUAUUUUGUCCUCUUUAAGGUUUACGAUGACCCAAAAUUGGCAUUUGCACUUAUAGAAUACGGAAAAACGAACUUUAGUCUUCAUUACGAAUGUUUGAACGAAGUUUGGAAACAAAUUACAUUUUCAAGGUACGAUAGACUUUUGGAAAAAAUGAUCCUACGACGCGUGCUGGAUUUGACAAACGUUGAACACAGACUAAUCAUCUCGCACAGGUACCAUCCAUUUGGAAUUGAGGCGUAUAUUUACGUACCUGGCGACUGCUGUGAUAUUUUCAAAGUUGUGGACGGCGAGUCUCCCAUUUGGGAAGCCAAAUCAUUUGACGAAAAUUGCGAAUACACCGUAUCUCAUGGACCAAAGAACCAGCCGAAAUUGGUGGAAAUAUUCGUUAGGGAUAAUGUUAAUUAUGAGAGAUUCUACUACGUCAAGGGAGCCGACGGAUGGACCCAGGUGAGAAAGAAUCUCUUUUUCGAGAAACUUGAUGAACUCGAUGGCAACGUUGGAACAAGGCUUUAG